AAAGAAAAGAUGGCCGAGGAAUAAUAACCAUUUUCAUUUACUCCAGAAGGUGGAAGUGCCACAAAUUCAACUAAAGAUUAUACAGGCAAAGGAACAGCUACGUAAUUAUGUCUUGUAUUUCAACAGUUAUCCAAAUGGUGAUACUUAUGAAGGUUAGUAUGUGAAUGGAGCGAGAGAAGGAAAAGGGAAAUACACGUAUAAUCCUUCAGGAGAUAAAUACGAAGGAGUAUUUUAACAGAAUUUGAAACACGGAAUUGGACGAUUGAUUUAUAAUAAUAACAAAGGGGAAUAUUAUGGAUAGUGGGAGUAAGGGCUAAGACAUGGAGAAGGACUAUAUACAUACGCUAAUAAGGAUGUGUAUUCAGGACAAUGGUCGAGAGGAAAGAAACAUGGGCAAGGUACCUAUGUUUUUAAUGACACUGCCAUGAGAGUAUUAAUAAUAUCAUAUUAUCGAAUAGUUUAGAGGUACUUGGAAUAAUAACGAGAUUGUUGAUGGAGAAUGGAUUUAUCCAAAUGGAACAAUUUAUAGAGGACCAUUUUAACAUAAUAAGCCUUAUGGUGUUGGCAGAUUUGAAUUUCCUAAUCAAAAUUAAGUGGAAGGUUAUUAUACAUAAACCAUUGUUCCUAAUGCUAAUCCAGAAGACACUACCUUAAAUAUAUAAUUGGAAUGGGUUACAACAAAACAUAAUUGA